ACAUCAUAAACUGCAUAUAAUCCGUCUGAACAGUCUGUUGUGUAAAACAAUUUUUUCUACAUGAAAUCUAUCUUCCUCACAUUUCUCUUCUCUUCUCUUCAUUUACGCACACAUUACAUGGUUUCAUCAAUAGACCAGACGGCGCGCCAUACAACUGCGCACAUUUCAUACCUAGGCGGCAUGCCUUCGGGCGACUGGAAUGGCUUUGCGUCCAGAAAAUCGGGGAUUUCUCGACAUUGAUAUCUACUUCGGUUCAACUUGCCUUCGGCAGCUAGCAAAGGAAAAUAUACUAUUUGGGCUCAGACAAGAUUGUGUUGUGUGGCAUUUUGUACAGAAGUAGAAGAUGUCAUCUUGAUGAGCACUAUGUUUCCUGUGUCCUUCCUUUUUCAGAUGGUUGCUGCCUCCCUCCUGGAGAAAUACAAAAUUGAUCCAACUCAAAUUGGACACCUAAAAGUUGGUAGCAAGAGAGUGAUUGACAAGGACAAGUCCAUUGAGACCUUCUUGAUGCAAGUCUUUGAGGAAAUGUGGUAGCACUGACAGACUCAACAAAUGCAUGUUAUGUUGGAAUUGUGGCAGUGUGGCUUUAUUCAAUUGUGUUAAUUGGGUGGAUAGCGUGAUAUGAUAUUUUGAAAGAGGAGUAUAGAAUUUAGUUUUUUUAUAAUUGAAAAAAUUACCAUGAUUUGAGCUGGAAAUUAUUUAAAUUAAGUGGUUUGCAUGGCAGGCAUCUUGAGCGUUGAAUAACUAUAUUUUAAGGUUUCCAUUUGUUAUUCAUUCAUGAGAAUAAUGCAAGCAGCUUCACUGCAGUGAUUUUGGAGUUAAUCUACGUGGUAGACUCAGACAAAUGGAUGAAUGCUACCAAAGGAUAGAUGCUUAAAUUGAUGAAAAGAACAGUUGCUUUUUGUAGGUUUAUGUGGAAGGACCAGCAUGGUCUGCUGGAGGGACAGCUGCAGUCACCAUGCUUAUUGGGCCAAAUGCUUCAUCCUCUUUGAGGUUGUUGAUGGUAUCUUGUGAAAAACUUGUUAUCUCGUGGCACUUGAUUUGUACUACAGGCAUUUCUGUGAGAAAAAUUGAAGGGCAGACCAUUUUCAAUUUCAGAUGCUGAUUAUUUUGUGUUCCAUUCUUCCUAUAAUAAGGUUUAAGUUAGAACCUAGAUUGUGAGACCAAAUUUCAUUAAGUUACUUCCUUGUGAACUCUUUCAAUGUUUUGAUCCGUUUGCUUUCAUUUGUGAACUAUCACUGAAGCUUGUGCAAAAGACUUUUGCCCAUUAUACUUCAAUGAUUUCUUGAAGAAUGCCAGGUUUGUCUUAAUUUGCUUCUCACAUAUCAUCUUCUGCAAUGGGUGUUUUGUUUCAUUUUCUAAUUCUAACACAUUCCACUUUAAUUUUAAAGAACAAUAUGACUACCUCUGUUUGAAGAGCUGGGGCCUUGUUUGAAGCAGUGCAAGUUAACAAAUGGUUCAACUGAGCUUAACUCAUGAAACUCCAGCUUUAGAGGUGUCAACUAUAGGAAGAGAAAAGAGCAACAUGACUAAAGUUUCCAAGUUUUGUUGAUAAGGUAGCAAAAUAGGAGCUAGCCCCACUUUUAGACCUGUAUGGUAACAAGAACCAUAAGAACCAGGAUCUUGAAAGGUAAGGCAACACGUUGCAAAAAAAUCUCUAUGAUUUAAAGGUGCAACCAUCUACCCUAAUACCAAAACAAGUUGGUAACAUGUGCACUGCAUCUCUGAAUGCAUCAUUUCUGUCUUCACAAUAUAUGUAGCUCUCUGGGAGGCAAGCAGGUAGUCAUGUUUUGAUAUGGGAGUGGUUGACUGCUGCAAUGUUUUCCAUAAACUUCAAAAUGGUCAAGAUGCUACAGCUUGCGGAACAUUGCGAAAGUGUUUAAUGUUUCAGAGGAGUUGAAAUCUAAGACACGAGUUUCCUCCCAUAAGAUUUGUCGACACCAUGAAGCUUAUGGAGUAUCAAUUCGAGCUAAAGACUUUGUGACAAGCAAGGAAAGUAUUGUUACCAGGCACCUAUUAUCUCACUGACAUGAUUUACGGUUAGAUUUAAUGACGGGAGGCCUAACAGUGACACUAUUUCUUCACCACUAGAGAUUGGUUUAGAAGAUAACAGCCUUUGACAUCUUUUUACCAUAGAAAUCGAAAAGGUAAAUCGUUUUUGUUAUCUGUUAACGCGUUAUGAUUUCCACAAAAGGUAAAUCGUUCAUAUUGCCUCACUAGGUACUUGAUUAUGCACUCAAGUCAGCUGUCAGAAUCUUCCUUUUGGCGUAACGGUGGUUCAGUAGAAAUAGGUGAUAAGCAAACACCGAUGCCAACCAAGCUACAAUGCCUUUUUAUUUCUUUUCUUUUGAUUAAUGAGACACCCACUAGGGUCGAGGAAUGGUAGAUGGCAAAGGAACUGGGUUUGUAUAGGAAACAGAAUCACAUGUUUGCCUUCGUUAAACCAAUAUUUCUUCCCCUCUAUUUUCUCGACUGUUUGAGAAAAAAAUUCAAAACCAGUCAACUGAUCCUCUGUGCCCCUGAAAAAACCGUAGAAAUUAGGGUUUCUGAAAAAAUAAAAUCUGUAAAAAGCUCGUGUCUUUUGGGCUUAGUCCUGUGUUUGCUUUUCUGGGUUUCGAUUGUUUUUGUUUGAUCUUUUCUGGGUAUUAAUCAAUUUUUAUGUUUUGGUCAUCGGAUAGGUGCAAAAAUGGAGUCCAAGCGUAAGAAGAUGAUUGAAGAAAUUGACGACGGUAUCAGCAAUAAGACGACGAUGAUCGUCAACCCGCGUGAUAAUCACAACGAGGAAGACGGUGACACCACCUUCACGGCGAAAAAUGCCGCCAAUUUUGUGGACCCGAGUACGCCCAUGAAAGAAGAAGACCUGACGGACACGGAGCCUCAGGAAUUCGUUCAAGGGCUUGUGCAAGUGACGCCGGACCAAAUCAAUCCGUCGUUGGCACCGAAACCCGCCAAGCGCCCCUCGAGAGACCGACACACCAAAGUGGAAGGUCGCGGUCGUAGGAUCCGUAUGCCCGCGACGUGUGCGGCCAGGAUUUUUCAGCUGACUCGGGAACUCGGCCACAAGUCUGACGGUGAAACAAUUAAGUGGCUGCUGGAACACUCGGAGCCGGCAAUUAUUCAAGCCACAGGUACCGGCACAGUUCCGGCAAUCGCUGUGUCUGUCAAUGGCACUCUUAAGAUCCCAACUUCCUCCAACCAGGAGGACGGCGAGCCCAGAAAGCGUAAACGGCCGUCUCAUAGCGAGUUCGUCGACGUUACCGAUCACCAAAAGUCGGUCUCUUCUGGGCUAGCACCCAUUACGCCAAUCGCUUACAAUGGCAUCAAUGUUAAUCCGCAAGGGUUAGUCCCGGUAUGGCCAAUGGGCGCAUUCGGCGUGCUUCCCGCUGCUGCUGCCGGUUCUACCCAGGCACAAUUAUGGGCGAUCCCGGCCACCGCAACACCGUUUUUCAACAUGGCAGCCCGGCCCAUAUCCAGUUUUGUCUCUGCUAUGCCGCAAGGCAGUGGGGUUCAGAUGGCGGAGGUUCAGGGGUCCGGCAGUGGCUCAAUAGGGUCUAGUGCGGCACCCAUUUCAAGCUCAGCUACAACAGGUGUUGGUGGUGCUAGUGGUACUAGUGGUACUACAUCUUCUAGCAGUCCUCAGAUGCUUCGGGAUUUUUCCAUGGAGAUUUUGGAUAAAAAGGAGCUUCAAUUCUUGGGUCGUUCUGCAAAUCAACAAACUUCAUGUUCAAAGCCAUAAGAUGAGUUUGAAACUUGAAAAAUUUGUUCUUGAAUUUCAUGAAGAUUUAUUUUACCUUCGGCCAUAAAAACAAUUGAUGAAAAUUGAUUCAGAUUUAUGUAUCGUGGUUUUUAGGGGGUGUUUGGUUCGGGAAUGGAUAAAAAAAAAAAAAAAACAUAGAACGUAGUUUUAUAUUGUCUAUCUGGGCUUAUUCAUUCAACUUUCAAGUUUCAAGAGCUGUUCUUUUAUUUAAAAAAUAAUAAUAAUAAACUUGGGAUGUUUUU